AUGUUAGAAGCUUUUCCCUUGCAGCCUAUCCAAGUUGAGCAACUCUUCAUAAAGUGGGGAAUUGAUUUCAUUGGAGCCAUUAACCCAUGUUCCAGUGAAGGUCAUAAGUGGGUUCUCACUACUACUAACUAUUUUACAAGAUGGACUGAAGUUGUAGCAUUAAAAGAGGCUAGUGAGAGUGUUGUCCUAAACUUUUAUGAAGAUUUGGUAACAAGAUUUGGUACUCCUGAUUAUAUCAUUUCUGAUAAUGCCUUAGCUUUUGUGGGAACAAAGAUAAGUGAGUGGGCAGUGCAUAAUGGCAGAUUUUCUUAUACAUCUUCAAACUAUUAUCCUCAAGGGAAUGGACUAGCUAUGUCCACAAACAAGAACUUAAUUAAAAUCAUCAAGAGGAAAAUUGAGGAUAAUCAAAGAGCAUGGCAUACAAAACUGAAAUCAACUCUAUGGGCUAAUAGAAUCACCCCUAAAAGGUCAACUGGUAACUCACCCAACAUGCUGGUCUAUGGUAAAGAGGCAAGGUUUCCUAUCUCCCUUGAGCUUCCAGCUUUUGAUUUGGUCAAUCAACUUGAAAUGAUGGGAGAAGAGCCAAUGGCAAUAAUGUUGCAACAGCAAGUAGAGUUGGAAGAGAUUAGAGAUUAG